GGGAAAAAAAAGUAACAAGUUUCAUUAGAUCAAAGUUGAUAAAAUUUUCAGUUCCACCUUAAAAUUGGAGCAGAUGGAAAACCAAUUAUCCCUAAUUUCACGCUCUUAUUUGAAAAAAUUAGAAUCUCCGCCGGAGUGACCCCACUCUAUACGUUAAUUUCGAAAUCUUCCCCCUAUUCAACAUUGACGCUAUCGAUGCUGCUACGAACUCUGCACAAACUAAACGACAAGGGUGGUCGGUCGAGGUUCUAUUCUAACCGCGAGUGCGCGAGAGAGAGAGUUGCAGCGCAAGACCGAAGACGAGAAGACGACCGACGACGAUGCUGCUACUCCCGCUCCUGUUGCUCCUCCUCAGCAUCUCCGCUCUGCUCCUCAAAUUCGUCACCGCCGAUGGAGACUUCACGUUGAUGUCGAGGAAGCACGUGAAGCGCGACGAGAUUGAAGAUAAGGUUGUCUGGAUCACCGGUGCCAGCCGCGGAAUUGGGGAAAUUCUUGCAAAGCAGCUUGCAAAUCUUGGGGCGAAGCUCAUACUCUCCGCUCGGAACGAAGCUGAAUUGGAGCGCGUCAAGGCUCAGCUCACCGGUAAACACGCGCCUGAUGGAGUUCAAAUCUUGCUGCUCGAUUUGGCGUCCGGGGAAGAUUCUCUCCGGCAGGCCAUGGAGAAGGCUGAAUCUUUCUUCGGUGGCUCUGGUGUCGACAUUAUGAUUCACAAUGCGGCCUCUGAGCGCCCUAUAACAUCAGCUUUGGAUGCGACGGAAGAAAGCCUUAAGGCAACGUUCGAUGUUAAUGUCUUUGGGACUAUAUCUUUGACUCGGCUUUUGGCACCCUUCAUGCUCAGACGUGGUAGGGGUCAUUUUGUUGUGAUAAGCAGUGCAGCUGGGAAAGCACCUGCACCUGGUAAAGCUGUGUAUUCUGCAUCCAAGUUUGCUCUAAAUGGCUACUUCCAUACCUUGCGUUCUGAGCUCUUCCAGAAGGGAAUCAAGGUGACUGUUGUUUGUCCUGGGCCAAUAAAGACAUCAAAUGGAUCUGGAGCGACAGCAUCAACAAAGAGAAGCUCCUCAGAGAAGCGUGUGUCAUCCGAAAGAUGUGCUGAAUUGACAAUAAUUGCAGCCUCUCAUGGCUUAAAGGAAGCUUGGAUAUCAUAUCAGCCUGUACUUGCUGUGAUGUAUUUGGUGCAGUACAUGCCAACGAUGGGCUAUUUUCUCAUGGACAAGAUUGGUGGGAAUCGAGUCGAAGCGGCUGCUCGAAAAGGCAACACCUAUUCUUUGGGCUUGAUUUUUGGGAAAGGAAAGGCAGCAUGAAACCAUCAACUGGCACAGUUAAUUUGUCACUGUAUUGUACACAUUUCGAGUAAUUUUAUAUUCACGUAUUACAGCUGGAAGAGCUUCUGUAUUCUCCUCCCUAGGGGGCAAGAGAUGCCCGCUGGAUGCUUGUAUGAGCUGACUAUGAAAGCAGGCACCUGAAAAAGAAUAAUCAUUCUGACCAAUUUGUAAUAAGUCAAUUUCAAUGCAAACUCUAUUAACAUGA